AGAGAUGAUGAAGGUCUCAAUUUUCCUAGUAGUGCUGCUGCAGCUGCACAGCUCUAGUUUAGUAGUGACAACUGCAACAAGUAUCAUGGCUGCACAUCAACUGACUACAAGUGCAUACACUUCAAGUGCAUUACUCUCAAACACACUGCUUCCGACAGCACCGACUUCAAACCUGCCCCAUCCUCAGUUCGUGUCCAACUUCACCGGCUCUGUGGAUGACCAUGGAACCUGCCAGUGCUCCGUCUCCCUACCUGACACUCCCUUCCCUGUUCAGAAGAUGGAAAGCCUGGUAUUAACCACCCAGGAGCUCUCAGAGAAAUUUUACAGCGAACUUACUAAAAUAAAAGAGUAUUCUGUAGUCAUUGAGAGGUAUGAACAAAGGCUCCUAAACCUAACAAUCCGAGUUGAGACCAUGGAGAAGACCAGCAUUUCUUAUACUGACCUGGACUUUGAGUUACUCAAGCUGGAAGUCAAGGAGAUGCAGAGACUGGUCACCCAGCUGAAAACCACUUUUGUUGGCAGCAGUGUAAUUAUUGAUCAACUGGAAAUAGAGAUCAAGAAUAUGACUCUCCUGGUGCAGGAGCUGGAGUCCCUAGACAAAAACAAUAUCCUUACAAUUCGUCGGGAAAUUGCAGCUCUAAAGAACAGACUGAAGGAAUGUGAAGAAUCUAAUAAACAAAAUGACCUAGUUCAAAAUUUCCCACCCGGUAGCUGUAAUCACAGUGGUGUCGUAAACAUCAGCAAACCUACCAUAAUUCAGUUGAACUGGAGAGGGUUUUCCUACAAGUAUGGUGCCUGGGGCAAAGAUUACUCUUCACUUACUCCAGAGAAAACUCUCUAUUGGAUUGCCCCUUUGAACACAGAUGGGAGGAUCUUGGAGUAUUACAGGCUUCACAACACCAGGGAUGAUUUACUGUUGAAUAAAAAUCCCCGAGAUAACCGAAUCUCCUAUGGAGAGGGCAGCGGCACAGCAGUGUACAAGAAUUCUAUGUAUGUCCACAUUUACAAUUCAAGAGAUAUUGCCAAGGUUAACUUGACCACCAACACCAUAGUUGUCCGGAAGUCUCUCCCAGAUGCUGCUUAUAAUAACCGCUUUUCCUAUGCUGGUGUAAAUUGGGAAGAUAUAGACCUCGCAGUGGAUGAAAGUGGAUUGUGGGUGAUUUACGCCACUGAAGCCAGCACUGGUAAUAUUGUGAUAAGUAAACUCAAUGACACCACACUGGAGGUGUUAAGCACCUGGCAGACUAGGCAGUAUAAGCCAUCUGUUUCCAAUGCCUUCAUUGUAUGUGGGGUUCUGUAUGCUACUCGUGAAGUCAACACCAGACAAGAUGAAAUUUUUUACACCUAUGACACGAACACUGGGCAAGAGGGAAGAAUGAGUAUAGUUAUGGAUAAAAUGUUAGAAAAACUGACAGGUAUCAACUACAACCCCCAAGACCACAAACUCUAUGUCCUUAAUGAAGGUUACCUGAUGAACUAUGACCUUAGUUUUCAAACUACCUUACAGUGACAGUCUUAGGGACAAACCCACGAGAGAUGUGGAAUUUCUUUUGAUAAGAUGAAUGCAUCUCUGCCUUUGAAAUUUACUCACUUUUCUAAGAUACAUAAGGUGGCCCAGGAGUUUAUUGAAUGUUACUAUUGGGUCAAUGCUGAUAUUGGCAAAAAUUUGAUAGCUCAAAUUUAAUAUUCUUUUUCCACUGGUAAAAUGAUUGAUUGAAGAUUUCCAUCAAAUCUUUAAGGUUUAACCUUAAAUCCCCCACAAAACUAGGUCAAGAAAUUUAUCCCCAGAGAGUGCCCAGGGCUGAUGUCAGAGUCCCAGUGUUGUUUAUAAAAUUAAGAUGGAAACCUCCUCUCCAUUUUCAUUAAAGAAUCUGCUAUUCUCUUCCCUCUUCUGGUGUUUGACCUAAUUUAAAGUCCAAGCUCUGACCAAAGACAGGAUCUUCUGUCAUAUGGUAACAGUGUGAAUGUUCAUGCUUAGUGUCUGUUUUUUCCAAUAGCAAGCGUCUCUUUGAACUUUAGCCCCAGUAGAGAACAGAAUAGCAUGUACCUCUGGGAAUCUCUUUAAGCCCAUUGGGAAGCAGGAUUCCAGCCCUUGUUUUGGAGGAAGUCAAAUGCAGUCAGAGGAGACUAGAGAUCCAAGCCAUGACUUUAGUUCAACCUGACUGCCGAGUUUUCCAAGUAAGUGACUCAACUUCUGUACUUUAAUUUCUCCACCUGAAAAAUAGGGAUGAAUUAGCCCCCUCUAAGCUUGGACUGAUACAAAGGGCAAACAGGAAUGUUCAGUGGGCCUCAUUGAGUGUGCUGUGGGAUGAUUCUUUGUGGUCUAAGUCCCCUUUCUCUGGGUCCAAGUUAUUAUAUUUCUCUUUCCCACUCUCUUCUCCAGGCAAUGCCCUGAUGCCUGGGACAAAUAAGUAGAUAAAUAUCAGCAGACUGUAAGCUCUUAGUGGGUAGGAACGUUGCUUUAUAUUUUUGAACCUGGUUCUCCCAUGUAAAAUGGGAGUAACCAUGGUUGCCUGCCUCCUAGACUUGCCUAUAUGGCAGCUCUGUAGAUAAGCACCCACAUUUACAAGGUAAUGACUCUUUUGUUUAACCUGGCUUCCUUCCCUGGGUGUACAGACAGUAAAAUAAAUUAAAUCAAAUUCAUUUCACUUGAUAAGCAUUCCUUUUUAAGGCUCCUGGGUACUUGAGCCUUAAAACAUUUCAUCAGCUCACUCCCUCCUACUUAUUAAUCAAUCAAUCCAUCAAUUAUCCACUCUCUCCUCCCAUUUCACUCCAGUGGGCACUCUUUGUUACUCUCCAAGUAACCUAUUCUCAGUGUCCUGUUCUCAUCUUUCUUGCCACAUACCUAUUGCUCUUGUCUACCCCCCUGUUUGACCACUCUCCCCUGCUAAUCAGUCAGUUUAUCCAUCUUCCUAUCUUCGAAGCCCUUUAUGAAAUCAAAUCUGGGAGGCCUUUCCUGGUUGACUUCUAAUCUCCUUACUUGAUAUUGUCCAGCAUGCCACUUAAGAACUUCCACAGCGCCUAAUAAUUUAAAUAAUUGUAACCCUCUAUGGGACUUAUGUACACUUUUUAAUACUUUUUCUUCUUUCUAUCUGUAAUUUAUUUU